AUGAAGCGUCUUUUUCAGACAGACUGGCGCAAGGACCGCGACAAACCCGACAAGCGGCCUAGGAAUGACGCGCAGGAGGAGGCGCCCAAUGUUCCGACCGAUGUGUUUCCUCCAGCCCCGUCGACAAGCCUACAUGGAUCGAACACCAUGGCUUCACGUGGGGCAUACGAACUGACUACAAGCUCGUCUAGUCCAAUAGGCAUGAGCGUGUUGCACGAUCCCUCCGAGGGAAACGCCGCUGUGGAUAUCGUCUUCAUCCAUGGCUUGAAAGGUCAUCGCGAAAAGACUUGGACAUCAGACAAGGCAUCUGAGCCUUGGCCCAAAGCUUUGCUCCCGUCCGAAAUACCGAACGCUCGAGUUUUGGCGUACGGCUACGACGCAGAUGUGGCCAAGGCUACCGAGAUGGUCUCAGUCAGUCACAUUCGAGACCAUGCGGCGACUUUUUUGAAGAGACUUACGAACUUUCGAGAUCGAACUGACAGCUCUGCGCGUCCCAUCAUAUUUGUCUGUCACAGCCUGGGUGGACUGGUCUGUCAAGCUGCUCUUGUCCGCUCUCACACAAGAGAACACCUUAAAGAGGUCCUUGAAGCGACCCGAGGUAUACUCUUCCUCGGUACACCGCACCACGGCUCAGCCCUUGCGGUGUGGGCAGAACGACUUGGAAAAUCCGUCGGAGUGCUAAAGCAGACAAACACCGAAAUCCUCGGCGUUCUCAGACCUGAGUCGGAGGUUCUCGCGGAGAUUCAGGACAAUUUUCACAACAUGACACAAUACCAGACAAAAGCGGGAGUCGGCACUAUUCAGAUUACGUGCUUCUACGAGGAGCUGCCUCUUCCCGGAAUUGGGCUGGUCGUUCCUCAACACUCAGCCAUCUUCCCAGGUAAAGAUGCCAUUGGAAUACAUGGGACGCAUCAUACCAUGGUGAAGUUCAGCAGUCCUGAAGAUUCUGGAUUUAUCGAUAUUUGCGAUGAGCUUCGUACUUGGAUCAAGAAGUUUGAACGGAAAGUCUCUGUACUACCACGUCAAAGCACGCCACCUCUAGCAGUUGAGGAGCAAAAUGAGAAGAGGUCUACAAACCCGCCAAAGAAGACGGCAUCCAAAUUUCUUGUCCCAUAUGCGAAAAACAAGAGUUUCGUCGAACGAUCCGACAUCUUUACACGUCUUAAGAGCGAAUUUUGUCAUGGUCCUGAGGACGACAUUGAAGAUGCUAGAUCUCGAGUUUGUCUUUAUGGCCUCGGAGGGAUUGGAAAGACUCAAAUCGCCAUUGCGUAUACCUACUGGCUACGCAAGGCCCAUCCUGAAAUUUCUGUUUUCUGGGUACACGCCAGUGAUUCAGAUCGGUUCCGUCAAGCCUAUUCUGAGAUUGCGGAAGAAUGCAACAUUGCCGGUCGUAGUGACAUUAACGUCGACGUGCUAACGCUCGUAAAAUCUUGGUUUGAGCGGCAAAAGACUGGCCCCUGGUUUCUGGUUCUCGACAAUGCCGACAAUACCGAGCUGUUCUUUAAUGAUCAUACUCAACCCAACAACACCAGUUCAUCUGACGUCGAAUCGAACAAGGGUAACAGCAACAUGGCCCGCUUCAUUCCCCAAUACGGCAAUGGCUCGAUCCUCGUUACAACACGGAACAAAGAAGCCGGAUCGAGACUUGUUCCAGGCCAACCAUUAGUGGAGAUUGGACCUAUGAGCGAUGGAGAGUCGCUUCAAAUGAUUCGCGAGAUAGCUGGAGACUCUUCGCUGUCAAUGGAUGCCGCUACCGUCCUUUCAAACCGCCUUGAAAACCUACCACUCGCUAUUGCCCAAGCUGCAGCUUUUAUGCAUGAAAAUUGCAUGAGCCUACAUCAAUAUCUUGUUAUUCUGAGUAAGGGCGAUGGUGUCGAAGUUCAGCUACUGGGUGGGAAUUUUGAAGCCGUUGGUCGAGACGCAGACGUUCCACACGCUGUAAUGGCGACAUGGGUGGUGUCGUUCGAGCAUAUCAAGAAAAGGAACCCACUUGCGGCCGAUAUCUUGUCGAUGAUGGCUUUCUUUGAUCGUCAAGCGAUUCAAAGGCAGUUCAUGACUAUCUACAUGUACUUGGAAGUAAGUCGCGAAAAGAAACAAUUCGAUAAUGAAAGCGACGACAAUGAAAGCGACGACAAUGAAAGCGACGACAAUGAAAGCGACGACAAUGAAAGCGACGACAAUGAAAGCGACGACAAUGGAUCGUCACCAGGACAAUGCGAAGCCAGACAUUACAAAGCGUAUUUCGAUUUCAACGCGAAAUUCCUAACCUCAAAAGACUUUGAAGACGACUCCAGGGAAGACAUUUGCGACUCGAUUAAGUACCACGUCAAUGAAUACUUCGGAGAUCCAGACCAAAGUCUAGAAACUUUGGAGCGAGAUGGGGCUUGUUCGAUUCUUCUCGAGCAAGCUCUAGGUAUUCUCAAGGCUUUUUCGUUCAUCAAGGAGAACAAAGAUGGAACCUUAUGCAUCCAUCGUCUCGUUCAGUUGGCAACCGCAGAUUGGCUCAAGCGGAAGGGCACCGCAAGGUGGUUCUUCGAAAGGGCGCUAGCAACGCUGAACGACUUCUUCUUGGCUUCUAGAGAGACUUUCUCUUUCUCUUACAAGACCAUUUCUCAUUAUCAAGCUUUAUUAGCGGCAAAUGCAAGAAAUCCCUCCUUGGGCAACGCCUCGAUCUUCAUGAUUAGGCACAGCAUGGCAACAUUCUACUGCUUUGUUGACCAGCAUAGGCUCGCACUCGACUACGUUGAGAAAGCCUUGGAAACAAAAGAAUAUGAUCAGCAGGAAGAGUACUAUUUUGAAGCAAAACGGCUCAAGGCAACGAUUCUUCAACAUCUCAACCGCAACCAAGAAGCGAAGCAAAUCCUCAUUGAGCUAGUUACCAUCCUACCUCAGAAUAGUGAAACCAAGCUUUUGACGAUAGAAAACCUUGUUAGCUUGUUUCUUAAGUUAGGAGACUACGGAGAAGCAAGAGACUUGCUGGUUGGUGACCAUGCUCUGCCCCUCAGGCAAAAAGCAUGCCUGAUAGUUUACUUAGGCACGGCAUUUCACAAGCUGGGCGACAUAGAAGCUGAAGAAAAGACAGACUUUUGGGCAUUUGAGCUUGUGGACGAGGCGUUAGCAUCCGGUAAAGCCGCCAAUCUUAUGUCUGUCUUCGAAGUGGCUUUCACGUUUGCCUCACAGGGGAAAUAUAAAGAGGCAGAGAGAAUCUGUCGUCAGCUACUACUAUCCAAUAUGUUGGAUAAACUCGAGGCAUCUAGUAUCCAGCUUAAUGUAUUGGGCAUGCUGGCGACUGCCUUAUAUCAACAAGGUCACCACCUAGAAGCUAUAGAUACCCAGCGCCAAGUUGUGCGCCUGUGCAGCAAUUCUGGAGAAUCUCAACCCAGGUCGAACGAGGAAGCCAACGCACUUCUGAAUUUGGCCAUUAUACAGCUUGAAUCAGAGUUGUUCGAAGACGCAGAAGAGAGUAUCGCCCACGCGCUUCAGUUGUUUCAAGGCAUACAUGGCGACACUGGAAAAUUUGUACUUAGCUGCGUAUAUCAUCUGGGCUUCAUCAAGUACAAACUUGGUAAGUGGGAGGAAUCAAAGAAUAUCCUAGAGAACGGUUACCAGCGAAGCGUCGAUGAGAUGGGCUCGCUCGACCCGCUUUCACAUCGUUUCAAAAGAGUUAUGGAGUGUCUCGCGAAACACGCAUUGGAUUCAGAAAUGGUGGAAUGA